GGGCAAGUGACAGGAGAGAGACGGCUGCCGAGACCCGUCCUACACCGGCGCUGCCAGCGGAAGACUGGGGGAGAGGAGACCAGGGAUAUAGAGCUAGAGACUCAAAAAGAGGAACAUUUGAUGGAAGAAAAGAAAAAGAAAAAGCAGGAAGAAAAGAAGAAGAAGGAAGGUGCUCAGAAAAAGGCUGCUGAACAAAAAACCAAAGUGCCAGAACCAAUCAAGAUCAGUUCCAACCAGCCCCAACCUGUUGCUCCAAGUACUUCCACCAGCACUGUCCCAAACAUCAAUGGCAAGCGUGCAUCUGCCAAUGGCCAGCAAACAGUGGCCUCCCGUUACUUGCCACGUGAGGUUCCUCCACGUUUCCGCCAGCAAGAACAGAAGCAAUUAUUAAAAAGAGGACAGCCGCUGCCUUCGGGGACAUUGACCAGUGCUAACACAGGACAGGACACUGGACAAACUGGGGCAAGCCCACCUCCACAGCAAGGGGCUGGUGGAGCGCAACACCCCACAAAGAGACUCUCUGAUCUCAGUCACAGUGGUCUGGGGGAUCAUUAUGAAAAUUCCCACUGGGGACCGCAGCCUACUCUCAGAGGUGAAAACAGCUAUAGCUGGGAUAAAGUGAUAAUAGACAGGACUGAUAAGGAAGCGUGGCCUUCCAUUACAGGAACUGAGACUGAAUCUGCCUCAGAAUGUACUACAGACACUGACUCUGCCUCCAACUGUGGCUCAGAGAAAAGUAGCAUGGCUACAACAAGUGCCCAAGGCAACUUCACUGGACAUACAAAGAAAACAAAUGGCAAUAAUGGUAACAAUGGAGCACUCAUCCAAAGCACUUCUAACCAGAGUGCCCUUGGUGCUGGUGGAGCAAAUGGGAAUGGAAACUUGGCAAGAGUUUGGGGUGCUGCUUCAGGCAACUCUGGCAUUGCUCACUGCUCCUCCAGUAGCGGGGACGGAAAGGUGGACCCAAUGAUUGGAGAGGGAAGAAAUCAGAACUGCUGGGGUUCUUCCAACUCAAAUACUGGCAUUAAUCUUAACCCAAAUGCCAAUCCCGCUGCCUGGCCUGUGCUUGGACAUGAAGGAACUUUGGGUGGAGGUAAUCCUUCCAACAUUUGCAGUCCAGUCAGUUCCAUAGGUCAGAAUAUCGGCAACCAGAAUGGAAACACAGCAGGUACCUUAGGUGCUUGGAGAAAUUUGCAGUCACAAGAGAGCACAGAACCACAAACGUCCACUUCUUCUCAGAAUGUGUCUUUCAGCAUACAACCUCAGAACCUUAACACUGAUGGACCAAAUAACACUAACCCCAUGAAUUCUUCACCAAACCCCAUAAAUGCAAUGCAGACAAAUGGACUGCCCAACUGGGGAAUGGCUGUUGGAAUGGGGAGCAUCAUCCCAACACACCUGCAAAGCCUUCCUGGUGCUAAUGGUUCAGUUUCUCAAGUGAGUGGGGUUGGUGGUGACAGCACAGGCAGUUCAGUUUGGAGUUUAUCACCAAGUGUUCCUGCUGCUGGAAACUGCAACUCUGGGUUCAAUCAGGAAACUGGAGAUACUUCUUGUACAGCUGCAAGUGCUAAACAAAAUGGGUCAGGGUGUGUAGUACAGAAAGAUGGAACUGGGGUUAGUGCAUGGGAUUCAGGACCACCUACCAGCCCAGGAGUAUUGGCAUGGGGUAGGGGUAGAAGUAAUGUUGUAAAUAUGCAUUCUGGACCUUGGGGUCAGCAGAGUCGUGGCGCAACCAACAACAUGAAUGGUGAAUGGAAUAAGGCUCCAAAUCAGCAUUCCAUUAAUGACAUCAAUGGAAAAGCAUCAACUGGGUGGGAUAGUUCUAGUAUUACAAUUCAGAAUCCUCCACAGCAGGGAAAUGAUCAAAUUAACUCAAGGGCCAAACCUGUAUCAUCCAGUACAUCGCCUAAUGACAGAAGCAGUGACAGUGCUGGAAAUCCAAAUGAAGGAAGAGGGGGAGAAUGUCAGCGGCCAGACAGUGGUAUAGCUGAGCAGGGGCAGAUACAGUUGCCAAGACAGGACCUUGAUCCAAGGGUUCUCUCUAACACAGGGUGGGGACAAGUCCCAGUUAAGCAAAAUAUUGCAUGGGAAUUUGAAGAACAACAGCGGUCUGACAGGAAGAACGUUGGGACAGAGGCUUGGGGUUGUACAAAUACGCAGCCUUCAAAUCCAGGGGGUAAGAGUGAAGGGUCCAUCAUGAACAGUACAAAUACCUCUUCAGUAUCAGGAUGGGUCAGCUCCCAACCUAUAUCUGCUUCAGUAAAUGCAAGUUGGGUAGAAAAUAAAACGCCAAAUGGUCCAGGGGGGUGGGGAGACCCUGCAAACUCUACUGUUGUUAAUGCUGCUGCCAAAAGCGGUCAUGCUUGGAGUGGAUCCGCUAAUCAAGAGGACAAGUCUCUGACUUGGAGUGAACCUCACAAGUCCAAACCCCAAAGUUGGGGAGAUGGGCAGAAACCAAAUCCCAGCUGGACAUCUGGAGCUGGAGACUGGACUGAUGUGCCACCUGUUCCUGCACAUGUGACUGAUGGAAAGAAAAAUGGAACAGGCUGGGACACUGAUGGCAAGUCUGGAACGGGGUGGAAUGAGAAUUCACGGUCAGGGACCAAUGGAUGGGGCAAUGGCACAAGCACCAAGGCUAAUUCGGGUACAGGUUGGGGGGAACCUUUAAAAUCUCCCCAGCAGAAUUGGAGCAACAAACCCCAAGAUAGCAAUGUGAGUGGUUGGGGAGGAGCUGCAUCUGUAAAGCAGACUGGAUCUGGGUGGGCUGGUGGGCCAGUACCAGCACCAGCACCACCACCACCACCAGCAGCCAAACAAAAGGACAUAAACUCAGAGCCCAGUGGCUGGGAGGAGCCUUCACCACCGUCCAUACGUCGCAAAAUGGAAAUUGAUGAUGGUACCUCAGCUUGGGGAGACCCAAGCAAUUACAACUGUAAAACUGUAAACUUGUGGGAUAGGAACAACACAGUAGUUCAGACUGUUCCAGCAAAUAACACCAACACUACCCCAAUCACUCCCCCAGUUACCAAUUUGGUUGAACCUCAGCAGCCAAGUGCCCAGCAGAACCGAUCCCCACUACUUGGUCCAGGCUGGGGAGAUAUGCCUCCUGUGCAUUCAAAGGCUGAAACCUCGUGGGGAGAGACCCCAUCUCCGUCUGCUGCAGUCGACAAUGGGACUUCAGCAUGGGGUAAACCCCCCAGUAGUGGUUCAGGUUGGGUGGAUGGCUCUGCUGAAUCUCCUGGAACCUAUGGAAGGACAAGUGCUCCAACUGUUGGCCCUGUGCUGUGCAAACCAGCUCCAAAAUCUAUGCAAGAAGGUUGGGGAAGUGGAGGAGAGGAAAUUGGACACAGCCAGUGGGAGGAUGACGAAAGUGAUGUGUGGAAUAAUGCUGCUUCCCAAGACAAUAGCUCAUCCUGCAGUAGUUGGGGUAAUGGCCCCAAGAAAGGACUUUCCAAGGGCAUGAAGAUUACAAACAAGUCUGAUGAGGCCUGGAUUAUGACCCGAUUGACUAAACAGCUUACUGAUAUGGGUUUUCCGAAAGAGCCUGCUGAAGAGGCCUUGAAGAGUAACAAUAUGAAUCUGGACCAGGCUAUGAGUGCUCUCCUGGAAAAGAAGGUGGAAAUGGACAAGCGUGGAUUGGGAAUGGCAGACUACAACACAAUGGUCGCCAAGCCCUUAAACUGCCGCCCAUCACCGAUCUCCAAAGAGUCUUCCAUGGACCGCCCCACUUUCCUAGACAAGCUCACCAUCUCUCUCUCCAACCAGGAUGGCGGCCUAGUGGAAGAGCCCACUACUUCACCAUUUUUGCCUUCACCAAGCCUGAAGCUCCCCCAUCCAAACAGUGCACUCCCUAACCAGGCCCUAGGUGGCAUGACACCAGGCCUAAACAUGCAGAACUUGAAUUCCUCUAGACAGAUACAGAGUGGCAAUCUGGGUAUGUUUGGCAAUAGCGGAGCAGCACAAGCCAGGUCCAUGCAACAGCCACAACAGCCGUCAGUGCAACCUCUCAACUCAUCCCAGCCUAGUCUUCGUGCUCAAGUGCCUCAGUUUUUAUCCCCUCAGGUUCAAGCACAGCUUUUGCAGUUUGCAGCAAAAAACAUUGGUCUCAACCCUGCACUAUUAACCUCGCCAAUUAAUCCUCAGCAUAUGACCAUGUUGAACCAGCUCUAUCAGCUGCAGCUGGCGUAUCAGCGUUUACAACUCCAGCAGCAGAUGUUACAGGCUCAGCGUAAUGUUUCCGGACCCAUGAGACAACAGGAGCAGCAAGUUGCACGUACAAUCAAUAACAUGCAGCAGCAGAUACAGCAACAUCAGCGUCAGCUGGCCCAGGCUCUGCUUAUGAAGCAGCAGCCUCCCCCGCCACAUCCACCCUUACAUCCUCCUGCAGGCAAGUCAUCACUGGACAGCUUCUCACCCCAUAACACAGGUCCAAGCCUGACUGACCUGCACACCAAAGAACAGCAGUCGUCUUCUAAUAAUUUCUCUCCAUACCCAAUUGUUCCCAACAUGAAUGUAAGCAGCAUAGAUAUGACUGGUGGUUUAUCAGUGAAGGAUACGUCCCAGUCGCAGUCUCGCCUGCCUCAGUGGACUCAUCCCAACUCCAUGGACAGCUUGGCAAAUCCCUCUUCUCUUGAUCCUAGUCCAAACAAACCCUCAGGUUCUUUGCCUGGGAGUUUAAACAUUGGCCCUCCUGGAAAACCCUCUAUAGAGGAUUCCUACAGUCGGUACGAUCUUCUCCAAAACAGCGAGUCACCCACAAGUCCUGUUGUUGUUCCGGACAGCUGGUCGCGUGCCAAAUCUGAAAAUGAGAAAAUCUCUAAUGGAUCCAGUAUCAACUGGCCUCCUGAAUUUCAUCCAGGAGUGCCUUGGAAAGGUCUGCAAAAUAUUGACCCUGAGAAUGAUCCUGAUGUGACCCCUGGAAGUGUCCCAACUGGACCCACCAUUAAUACUACAAUCCAGGAUGUCAACCGUUAUCUUCUCAAGAGUGGAGCUAAGUUGUC